AUGACGAGCAAGUUUUUAACGAGAGAUAGUCAUACCUUGCGUCAGACGCUGCUUAUGACGCAAGCGAUUUUCCCAUCGAAAAAGUUUCCAGAAAUCAGAAUGAACCCUGAUCCUGAAAGACGUCUAAGAAGGUACCAAAACUUUGAGUAUCAACUUAUAGAUUGA